AUGAAAAGAGUCAAAGAAAGCGGUGCGGAAUUCCGCAAAAAAAGGGCUAAGAAAGCAGCAGAUGCGAAAAAGUCUCAAGGUGCAUUACUGAAAUAUUUCAGUUUUAGUUCUGGUUCGAAAGCCACGUUAACGUCUUCGGUGGCAUCCUGCAGCAGCGGAAGUGAUUCCAGUGCACAAGAAGAAGACGUGCCUGGCGUCGCAGUUGGAAGUAGUUCUGGUCCCACCACAGAGCAGGGUCAAGACGAAGUCGACUCACCAGAUGUGCCUCAAGCAUCUAGUCAUAAGCCUGCAGAAAAAGUGAAUGUUGCCAAAGAAGACAUAAUUGAAAUCGUGCCUUCUGCUCCUGCCGAAGUCAAAGAUGUGAAUCUCGACGAUGUAGGUUGCUGGCCUUCUCCUAUGACCGACGAAAAGGAGUUGGAAGUUCGCCUGAACUGUAAAGCAACCAUCGAUCAGAAACAACAAGAAGUUUUCGAAAGUGAGGAGAAGAAAUGGAGGGAUGUACUGUACAGGUUGCUGAAUAUUAUCCAGUUCUUAGCCAAACAGAAUCUGGCCUUCAGAGGACAUCGAGAAGACAUUCGAGGAGAUGAUAGUGGCAAUCGCGGGAACUUUCUAGAGUUAGUGCACCUCCUAGCUAAAUACGAUCCUCUUCUAAUGGAACACCUGACAAAGAUAAAGCUGGGAGCAAGAGUGUCAGUUUCAUAUCUGUCUCCAGAAACCCAGAAUGAAUUUAUAAAUUUACUGGGACAGCAAGUUCGAUCCACCAUCAUCCGUCGUAUUCAAAAAGCUAAAUAUUAUUGCGUAAUCUUCGACAGUACACCAGACAUCUCCCACAAUGACCAAAUGAGCCAAGUUCUGCGAUACGUACAUAUCGAAGGAGAAAAAGUCGCUGUGGUAGAAUCUUUCAUUGACUUCUUCCAACCAAAAGGAAAAAAUGCAGAAGAUCUCAGCAACGAUAUAAUCGCGAAGAUAACAUCAGACGGACUGGACAUACAGAAUCUGAGAGGACAGGCUUAUGACAAUGCUGCCACAAUGUCAGGGAUCCACAAUGGAGUUCAAGCCCGGAUUAAAGCACUAAAUCCGAAAGCUCUAUUCGUUGCAUGCACAAACCACUCACUAAACUUGGCUGGGGUACACGCUGCUUCUGAAUCAGUGAAUUCGGUGACGUUUUUUGGAAUUCUAGAGAAGCUAUUUGCCUUCUUUUCUGCAUCAACUGUUAGAUGGAACGCUUUGGUUGCCGUCACAGGUCAAGCAGUGAAACGAGUCACUGAAACGCGUUGGAGCGCUAGACAUGUAGCUGUCAAGAUGCUUAAAAAUAAGUUUGAGGGAGUUCUUGAGGUACUGGAACAAUUAACAGAUUCAUCUCAAACUUUCGAAACAAGAUCGGGAGCCAGUCUUCUCCUGACAGCCAUGCAGUCAUUUAACUUCCUAACUUUUCUUGGCUUUUGGGCUGCAGUGCUACCUGAAGUAGAUGACGCACAGAUUUACCUGCAGCAACGAGGACUAAGUGUGGAUAAGUGUGCUCAGAAACUCUGCGCUUUGAAAACCCUCUUAGUGGAAAGUAGAGACCGUUUAGUGCAAGAAGCAAUUGACUUUGCUAAGACUCUUUGCGAAAAACUCGGAAUCGAACUCAAAACGAGAAGAAUUCGCAGGAAAAAACGCAUGCAUGGCGAUGAAUCUUCUGCAGAUGCAGCUUUGUCUCACGAGCAGGAAAUCCGUCGAGAGGUGUUCGCAUCAUUGGACAAGAUCAUUCAAGAAAUGACGACUCGAUUCCAGCAAAUUCAAGAAAUAUCGGACAAGUUCGGAUUUUUGAUGCCAGCAAAACUUUUGGACAGCAAGUUCGAGUGUGAUCUUUCCCAUGUAUUAGAAGACAUCGACAAGGACGAGUUUCAGAUGGAGCGGAAGCGUCUCCAGCAAUUUAUUGCCUGUUCUGAAUCAGAGGAAGAUAUAAGUGGUAAAGGACCACUGGAGCUAAUCCAGUUCAUUCAAAAACUGAAUCUCGGAAUUUCGGUUCCAAAUAUGGUCAUCUUGAUUCGUAUAUAUUUGACUUUGGCGAUUAGUGUGGCAAGCUGUGAGAGAAGUUUUUCGAAGUUGAAGCUAAUAAAAAAUUACCUCAGAUCUACUAUGAGCUCCGCUAGAUUAUCAAACUUGGCUAUAUUGUCGAUUGAACAAGAAUUGGCUGCUAAUAUUGAUUUUGACAAAGUUAUUUCUGACUUCGCUGCUAAGGCUCGUAGAAUCCGCUUGUAA